AUGCAGUGUGUCGGCUUGAGUGUUUCCCUGCUGGUGCUUCUUGUGGUGAUCACCACAAUGACGGGCGUGUGCUCGGCCCAGAAGACCGCCAACGUCACCUUCUGCAGCCGCGAAUGCUACGUAGCAGACGGCGCCCCAGGGUGCGGCAAGAGCGACCUCCCGGUCGUGGCCACCCCCCACGCCUUCACCUGCUACCCGGGUCCGGGCACCUUCCGCGGCGACACCAAGUGGGCCUCCUACGCGCCUCCCAACGUCUACUCGGUGGUCUUCUACUCCGACGCCCACUGCAGCUCGAGCCACACCCUGGCCGCCACAUCGAGGUGCCUUGCGGGCCGGUGCUGCGUCGGAGACUUCUACAUCCCGCCCUCGCAUCAAGACAACCGCGGCGACGUCCCCUUCUUCUUCGUGAGCGUGUGA